AUGCGGAAAAAUUGCGGAGAAAUUGCGAAUUUCACGGCAUUUCUCGUCAUUUCUCCGCACACUUGCAUUGCAAAAAAUGUGUCGAGAAAUGACGAGAAAUUCACUUUCAUCGUCCCAUUAACAAUCGAGAUUUUUCAAUUUGACGUUUUUAUUUCUGUGGCACGACGAACGCGUCAGCAAUCGCGAAAAGCGCCAGCAAGAUGCACUGGCGCACUUCUUGUUUUAUUUAUACUUGCAAGAAACGCAAAUGGAAAAUAAAGUUCGAAAUGGAAGAAUCACCUGUGGAUUGGCUGCUGAAACAAUGAUCAUGACGCUCUUCGGCGUCUAAACUCUCCUCAUUUUUCCUCUUGUUUUGCAUUUGCAUACCACCUGUUCAAUUUCUUUUUCGCUCCAUUGACAAUUCUGUGAAUUUGCGCGCGCCCUAUAUUUUAUCUUGUAUUUAAAUACAAGAUAAAAUAUAUAUUUAUUAUUUUUUAAUAUUUAUUUUUUAAAAUAUGUUUAUUAUUUUUUAAUUGUAUUUUCUCUGAAUUCACCAGUGUUUGAUGUGUUCAUUAAAUCUAAUGUAUUUAAGUUUUUUGUUGUAAAAUUUCAAAGCUAGCCAAUCUAGUAAUAAAUUACAAAUAGAAACGAAUAAAUAAAGAAUAUUAAAUAUUA